AUGCCCCUUUUCAAGCGUAUGAGUAUCACCUCCUGGAGCAAGCGUGCUAGCAAAAAGUCCACCAAGAAGGAAAUCCUGCAGCAGAAGAAGACAAAGUCUGUUCAAAUCGACAUCUGGCCUCAGUACAUCGAAUCUGACUACGAGAUGACCGAUGAGCUCCAAGCCGAACUUUGGUAUUCUCGCAAAACACUUGUGAGGAUGAGUGUCAAGGCCGACAUGAUGGCAGCUCGUAUUGCCAGAGGCAAAAUGGCCGUUGACAGUUCCGAUGAAGACGAAGAAGACUGUCAGCGCGGAUUGGAAGCCCACAUCCGCGACAAGGCUUGCCUCAUCGCUCGUCUUCCCACUCGCUCCGAUCGACACCGGCAAUUCAUCGAGGGUCUCUUGAAGGUUCAAAAAGAAGCACCUAAUGCACUUCGACAAGAACAGAUUCGAGAAUACUGCCAAGCUAGCAGUACAAAACAAGAGGAAGAUGCCGCAAAAUUGGCCCGCAAGGAUGCCCUGGCGGCGUUGCAAGUCUACGAGGCGCCGGAUAACACCGUGCAGCAGCAGCAACCGGCAGCCAUCCACAAGAGUCUCAACUAUCAAUCAUCAUCAUCAUCCAGGAAAAUCUUGUCCCACGGCAGCACCCAGCCACGAGCCGCAGGUUGCCGUGCCGCAUGA